CUAUACACAUGCACAUACACAAAUACAGGCGUACAGUCGCAACAUCUUAAAAAAAUUGAAACUUAUAUUUUGCAGCGUAAAAACUCAGUUGACCAAUUUGCACACAUCUAAUUCAGAGUUAGUUUGUAAUGAACCGUACCGUAGCACUCAAAUCAAUGUCGUAGGACCGCAAUUAGCAAGUGUAUCAAGCCAAUUCACAACAUGAUUGCAUCCGAAUCUGAGGCCAUAAACUCGGCCACUUAUGUGGAUAAUUAUCUCGAUUCCGUGGAGAAUCUGCCCGACGAUGUGCAACGCCAACUCUCUCGCAUACGGGAUAUCGACGUUCAGUACCGAGGAUUAAUACGGGACGUGGAUCAUUACUAUGACCUCUAUGUGCUGCAUCAGAACUCCCCCGACACCAAUCGCCGUUGCCGUUCCAUAACGCGCAUGCACCAGAGCCUUAUACAGGCACAGGAGCUGGGCGAUGAGAAAAUGCAAAUUGUGAAUCUACUGCAGGAGAUAAUAGACGGUAAGGUUAGACAAUUGGAUACAGAUCAAAAGAAUCUCGACUUGAAGGAAGAGCGUGAACGGUACGCACAGCUGGACGAUGGGCCACCCUCAAAACUGCAGCGGUUACAGAGUCCAAUGUGUGAUCAGGGCAACAGUGCGGGAAACAAUGUGUUAAAUAGUAGCGGAUUAGGCGGCAACACGGCCAACGUUUCGAAGGAGCAUUAUGGUGCACUGCCGUUCGGCGGUGUUAUUGGCGUGUCGGCCUCAACCGGUGGCGUCAGUGGUAAUGGCGGCAGCUCGACGCCCACCUAUGAUCGUUCCAACCAUAUGAGCAGUAGUGGCAAUGGCUACAAUGGCUCCUAUUGUGGCAGCAACAGUGACCUUCAGCGUUCGGGCAGCAAACGUUCAAGGCGACGCAACGAGAGUUUACCCAACAAUGGCAGCUCCACUGAAAUGGGCGGCAAUGAAUCCAAUUCAGCUAAUGAAGCUGGUAGCAGUGGGAAUGGAAACAGUGAACGCAAGUCUUCAAUGGCCAGUGGCAGUGGCUUGGGACAACGUAAGAGCCAAGUUCAGUUGGCAGGCGGAAACGUGGCCAGUGGAACAGGCGGAGCCGGCGGCAAUGGCGGCGGCAGCAAUUCCGGCAAAAAGAAGAAACGUAAAGUGCGCGGCGCGGGCGCUACAAAUACAGCGGCAAAUACUCGCGAGGAAACGCCACCGCCAGAGACCAUCGAUCCGGAUGAGCCAACGUAUUGCGUGUGCAACCAGAUUUCGUUUGGCGAAAUGAUACUCUGUGACAAUGACUUGUGUCCCAUCGAGUGGUUCCAUUUCUCGUGCGUUUCACUUGUGCUUAAACCGAAGGGCAAAUGGUUUUGUCCGAACUGCCGCGGCGAGCGACCCAACGUCAUGAAGCCGAAGGCGCAAUUUCUUAAGGAGCUGGAGCGCUACAAUAAGGAAAAAGAGGAGAAAACUUAAAUAAUGUUUGGUUAAAACAGUUUUUUGUGUUAAACACUCUUAGCCAUUACGAUUAGACCAGGGCUCAGCACUAUGUAAAUUAUUCGCUUCUUACAAUUAUAGUUAAUAUGUAAACAUACACCCAUUCGCAAAUUUAACUUUGUAUUGUAUUAUUACUUUCGCCCCAAUGCAUACCACAUUUUGCUUUCGGUGGUUUAAAAGGUUCGUCAAUAUCUGUAUAAACGUUCAAGCUAUAUAUAUACGAUGUAUAAAAUAAAAUU